GCCAGCUUGGCAAAGCCGCUGCUGCGCCUGCCUCGCAGGCCGAAGGCUGGACGCACCGCACAGCUCACAAAAUGAUGCGCGCGGCGAGCAAUGACGACGACGACUCGUACGACGACGAGCCGGAGACCACCCAGCAGCCCGCAAGACUGGGCAACUGGACCAAGGGCCUCGGCGGCGCGGCCAAGGCGGCUGCGCGUGCGAUAGGCGACAAAGCGCUGGCCACGCUCGAGGACACGCUGGACGCGGCGGAAGAACGACUGCUAGAUCCCGAGGAGCAGGACGUCACGGACGACGGCCGCGACCCCUUUGACGACGCGCGCGUCCAGGCGGCCCUGGAACAGCUCCGCGCCGACUCGCGGGAAGAACUGGAGCUGCAACGGGAGACCUUCGAGGCGCGCAUCGAAGAGCUCGAGGCCUGCGCCGCGUCCGAGUUUGAUGGCAAGGCAGAUAGGGUGGCGAGCAACGAAGCGACCACAUCUGACGUCGUCGCGGUCCUCUGCGCCGCGGCUCUACGCGGCGCCGGCGUCGACGACGCGACCAGUCUCUCGGCGGAGCUCGCCCGCGAGACUACGAAAGACGCUUCUAUCAGGUUAGAGGCCGCGGUCGCCUCCUCAAAAGCGCCGGCGACGGGCGGCGACCUGGAUAAAUUAAGAGCGCAGUUCGAGGCCGCUCGUAAAGCUCGGGACCAGGAGGCCACGCGUUUGAGGGAGGAGGCCUCGUCGGCGCGGAGCCUCGCGGCGACGAAGGCAGAGGAGGCCGCCGAGGAGCGCAAGCACGCGACAACUGCGCGCGACGACGCGGCGCAGGCAUUACAAAAGGCAGACAAGGCCGAGGCGCGUUCAAAACGCGUCGACGAGCGCCGGCGCGCCGCCGAGGCCGCGUGCGGCGCCGCGCUCGCCGAGCGCGACUCUUUGAAUCUGGUCCUACAGUCGCGCGAGGCGACCGCCUCAUCGUCGCGGCGGCGCUUGGACGCCGCCGCCCAGGACGCGGACCAACAGGCCGCCUUAGGGCGCCUCCUCAAGAAGCGCUGCGAGGACGCGGAAGAAGCGGCCACGGCCGCGAAGACUGAUAGAGAUCGCGUCGAGGCCGCGCGCAAGAAUUUAGAAAGGGUGGUCCGGAGCUUCGAGCAGAAGACUCAGGAAGCGGAAUCCAACCUCAAGCGCGACCACGCGCUCCAGAUCUCGGCGCUCGAGGGCGACGUCGAGGACGCGCAACAACAAAUCCGCGAGCUCGAGGCGUCCCUAAAAGCGGCGCGCGCCUCGGAGCAGGCGCGGGACGUCGCGUCCGCGCGCGCCGAGGCGGAGUGCCAGGCGGCGCGCGCGGCGGCGCAGGCAGCGUGCGCGGACGUCGCCGCGCUCAAGGACGUGCUGUUGCGGCCGCCGGACCCGGUCCCCGUCGUCGAGCGCGAGGCGUCGGCGCCCUCGAAACCGCGGCGGGGCUUCGCCGCGUGGCUCAACGAGAUCGUCGACGCGGAGUUGGAGAGUUAA